AUGUUCGCUUUCAAGACUGCUGUAGCUGCCUUGGCAGCAGUAUGCCUCCAAAGAGCAUUUGCCCAGUCUCCCAUCGCUUCUGCUUCGUGCUCUUCUACUCUCGUUCCGCGCGGUGCAGCGCCGUCUGUAGCUCCAGGAUACGUGGCCCGCCUGGUCGCCAAUAAUUUGACAAGUCCGCGAGGAAUCAAGUUCGACACGAACGGAGCUUUACUGGUCAUCGAGCAGAAUUCGGGCAUUGUAGCGCUCAACUUGGCUGACUCUGGAUCGGACUGCAUCAGCGUGAGCAGCAGGCGCACGGUAAUUAACGAUACCACUCUCAACCAUGGCAUCGAGAUUUCAAACAACGGCUCCACGCUGUAUGCGUCCAGCGCAGAGGCCGUGUAUAGCUGGCCAUACUCCGCUCAGACUCAGAGUAACACUUCGGCACCCACUAUUCUGGUGCAAAAUAUGACCACCUCCGAUCACACGACGCGGACUUUGAAACUUUCACAGAAGGUGCCCGGAUUACUGCUCGUCACCCGCGGCAGCACUUCGAAUAUCGACAUCGAUGCAGAAGAUAUCACCACUGGCCACAGCCAGAUCAAGGCGUUCAACCUUGCCAACCGGACCAGACCGUAUAACUUUGAUACCGAUGGACUGCUACUUGGUUGGGGUCUGCGCAACGACGUUGGCAUAGACGAGGAACCUCUCAGCGGCGGCAUCUACACUGUGGAGAACAGCGCCGACGACAUCACGAGAUCCGGGGUAGACAUUCACCAGAACAACCCUGCAGAGGAGUUGAACUUCCUAGGCUACUUGAACGGCACCCGAUCUGCGAACCAGGGACGUAAUUUCGGGUAUCCUGAAUGCUUCACCGCAUGGAACGUGUCUGCCAUCCCCAACUUCAUGGGUCAAGUCGGUCAACAGUUCGCUAUUGGCGAUCUCAACAGCACAGUCAACGACACAACCUGUAGUGCUGCGAACGUUCAGCCACCGCGGCUUGCCUUUCAAGCACACAUGGCGCCUUUGGAUAUCCUUUUCAACACCGCGGGGACAGCUGCUUGGGUGACGUUCCAUGGUAGCUGGGACAGACAGCCACCCGUGGGUUACAAGCUGUCCGUCGUGGAGUUUGCGAACGGGCAACCUACGCAACCCUCGAACAGCACCACCGCCGCUGUAGAUAUCGUCUCGAAUGCGAAUAUCACUAAUUGUCCGACUGGCUGCUUCAGGCCGGUGGGUCUCGCAUGGGACAGCCAGGGCCGCCUAUUCAUGUCGUCAGAUGCGACUGGCGAGAUUUACGUGGUGUUGCGAGCGAAUGGGAACGCGACGAGCUCAGCUGGCAGCAAUGCUACUGGGACAAUCCCCAGUGCGAGUAUCACAUCAACGAGCUCGAGUGCCAGCGCCACCACUUCACAUAGCGUGGCAAGCAGGGCCGGUGGCGCUAGCAUGGGCGCACUGGCCGUCGUGCUUGGAGCUUUGGCUGUAAUGCUAUGA